AUGGACUGCGAGUUCUUCGCUAUAAUAAACGAUGCUUCAUCUGACAAAUUGUCGCUGCCUAAGAAGUUCGUGGACUUGUUGGAGGGCCGUGAACCCCGUGAACUGAAGGUGCGUGAGGUUGGCAUUAGGCAUACCAGCACGUGGGACAUGGAUGUGUGGUUCGACGGCACUGGCCGCAUGUUCCUCAAGCGCGCCUGGGAAUGUUUCGCCUGGACGUACGGCCUACAGCAAUUUUAUUUUCCCAUCUGCAGUUACAACAGCCGCGAUGUUCUCACAGUCAAGAUGUUCGACCGGAGCAUGUGCCACGUUCAAUAUGACACGACCUACAGUACGCGCACUCUAUAA